AUGAUCACCGACGAGGAUCUCGACAAACUAGGCGCCCGGCCGCUGACGGCCUGGGACCGGGUAAAGGCAGUAGGAAUCGCGGCAGCCUAUCCACUCAUUUUCCUUUUUCAGUUUGCCAAGUAUUUCGUCCCCUCGCACCCGCAGUAUGACUUUCACUGGCGCCAAAAGGCCAUGCUCGCCAGCAUCCGCAGCGCCAUCACCUUUCAAGGCGAGAAACGCAUCGGCUGGGCGGCCGGCCACGCCACGUCCACCAACGACCGGGUGCGCGACUUUGCCACCAAGCACAAGGACAUCAAGCACCGCGAGGUCUCCGUGUCGAUCAACCCGGCGGCGGCGGCGGACAAUCCCGCGACGGGCAGCGCCAUGCCGCAGCCCACGCUGCACUUCUUGUCCGGGCCAUGGAUAACCGGCGAGGCUGACAGUGCUUGCGGCAACACCGGGCCUGUGAUAUUUUACUCUCACGGCGGCGGCUAUCUGGACCCCAUCAUACCCGGCGCACAUAUCCCCCUGGCACAGAGCAUGGCCAAGGCUUGCGGCGCCCGCGAAGUGGUCUUUAUCUCCUACGCACUCUGUCCCGACGUCCAAUACCCGGCGCAGCUCGUGCAAAUUGUCGAGUCGAUGCGCUUCCUGCUCGAAAAGGAAGCCAUCCCGCCCGAGGACCUCAUCCUGGCCGGCGACAGCGCCGGCGCGCACAUGAUGGCCUCGCUGAUGGCGCACAUGGUCGAGCCGGCGCCGUACGUGCCGCCGCUGGCACCCGCGCUCCGGGGCGGCCAGCUGCGCGCCGCGGUGCUGCUCUCGCCGUGGUUCACCUGGACCGACGCCGCAAGCAUCGGCACCAACCCGUGCGACUAUCUCGAGGGUCCGCACGCCGCGCACCUCGUUGGCGUCUUGCGCCCCAAGGUGGAGGAUGUGUGGUGCGAGAUUGUGGCCGCUCCGGGGGCGCGCGAGGUGUGGGCGCGCGUCUUUGCGACCAGCGGCGGUAGUGGUGACGAGAGGCCGCUCGUGAAGCGCAUGCUGGUGACGGCGUCGGACUCGGAAAUCAUGUACCGCGAUGCUCGGGUCUUUGCGGUCGAGUAUGCGGGUGCGGUCAGUGUGCUCGUGGGUGCUGGCGAGGCGGAGACGCAGCUUGCGACGGUCAGGACGGAGCCGAGGGUGUUUGCGGUGGGCAGGAGGGAGACGCAUGUGCAAGCAGGUCUAGAUGAGGCGGUUAAAUAUUAUGGUGGUGGGACGUGGCGAGCGCUGCAGGCGUUUAUGUUUUCUCUUCAGGACUGA